CUCUGCAUGCUUCAUGCAAGUAUAACCUGUCAUUGCAUUUGUUUUCUUUUUGCUCUUCAUUCUUGGCCACAUAUAGUUCAUCUAACAACACAAUGAGAGAAGACGACGUGCACUGUUGCAAGACUGAGUUUUGGUUGUUUUUAUGCAUAUGUUUUGUCCUUGUGUCAUUUGCUGGUAUAGCAUCAGGCCUCGCUCUGGGACUACUGUCCUUCAGCCAAGUUGAUCUUGAGGUCCUCAUUAGGGCUGGUCAGCCCCAUGAGCGGAAGAAUGCAGCAAAGAUCCUGUCAAUUGUUAAGAAUGAGCAUUUACUUUUGUGCACCCUCCUUGUGGGAAAAUCACUUGCGAUGGAGGCACUGCCAAUUUUCCUGGAUGCAAUACUCCCGUCUUGGGCUGCUAUUCUUAUGUCAGUCACCCUUGUACUUGCAUGCGCAGAGAUCAUCCCUCAAGCUGUCUGUUCCCGGUAUGGACUAAGUCUUGGUGCAAAACUGUCCACCUUUGUUCGGCUGCUUCUGCUUGUCUUCUUCCCCGUAUCAUAUCCAAUUAGUAAGCUUUUGGAUUGGCUUCUUGGUAAAGGGCAUUCUGCACUUUAUAGACGAGCAGAGCUAAAGACAUUGGUUGAUUUGCAUGCGGAUAAGGCAGGGAAAGGUGGAGAGUUAUCACAUCAUGAAACUGCCAUUAUUACUGGUGCUUUAGACUUAACACAGAAGACGGCUAAAGAUGCUAUGACACCCAUCUCUGAAACCUUUUCUCUGGACAUAAAUUCAAAACUUGACAUGCAUACAAUGGGUUUUAUAAUGAGCAAAGGUCACAGUCGUAUACCUGUCUACUCCGGAAGCCCAAAAAAUAUUAUUGGCCUUAUUCUGGUUAAGAAUUUGAUCUUCUGCCGUCCUGAAGAUGCAACUCCAAUUAAAUUUAUGACUAUCAGAAGAAUACCUCGGGUAUACGAAAAUUGGCCACUGUAUGAUAUACUGAAUGAGUUCCAGAAGGGUCACAGCCACAUGGCUAUUGUCAUUAAGUGUAAGAAGGAUGUUAAAGACACUGACCAUACUGCAGUAGGGAAGCAUACCAUGCUGGAUAUUAUUAUCAAUCCAAAUUCAAAUCAAAUGCAAGGAGAGAGGAAAGGAUUAUAUUCUCCACUUGACCAGAAAGAGCAUCUGAGUAUCUCCGCAAAUUCAUCCCCUUUGUACCCAAGUGAUAUAGAUGAUCAUGGUUCAACACCAAAGAAUGUAAUGGAGCAAGAGAAACAUUUGAAUUCACAACAUAAAAAACGGGAGGAAGGAAGUGAAAAAUUUUUAUAUGAAAAUUUAGAACUGCUCCCAAGCAAUUCGGAUGAAGAGGUCGUUGGAAUCAUAACAAUGGAAGAUGUUAUGGAGGAAUUGUUACAGGAAGAUAUACUGGAUGAAACUGAUGAAUAUGUUGAUGUCCACAACAAAAUUAGAAUCAACCUGCGAUCUUCAAGAAGAUCGUCAUCUGCAUCUCCCAGAAGAUCUUCUGCUUCCCAUCCUUGUUGGAGAACUCCAGAGCCAUCUCCACUCUCUUCCUACACUCAUAUACUGCGCUCACCCAUUGCUCCAUAUGUACAGACCCCGCUAGUAAGACCAACACUAUAUGCUUCCCCUGGAAGAUCUAUACCAAAUUCUCCAGCCAGAUCUGCAGUCCGUGUUCAUAGCUCGCCAUCCUCCCAUCAAGUAUCAAGAAAGUUAUAUAAGAAGCUAUUACAUGAUGGUGAUUUUCAUAAAGCUCCAAUAUAGACAAGUCGGCGUCAACUGGCUAGCAUCACCUGUAGAAGUUUGCAGCAUCAAAACUGCAUAUUCUCUCUCUCCUUCCUAUUGGGUUUUGGUGUAUAUAUAGUAAAAUUUGUAUGUUGUGUUUGGCCGUGUA